AUGUUGUCGUGUUUAGUGAUCACAGUAGUGCUUGCUCUUGUUACUGAUAUCAGAGGUUCAUUUAUCUCUUCAUCCACAGUCCACGAUCCACAACUUGGAUCAGGUAAUAAAAUCAAUUAUACAACGAAAAUCCACGAAGUGAACAUGCCAGAAAUCAUAUUUGUAAUAAACGUGCUUGGAAUAAAAAAUGGCUCAGCUGGACACGUGAAUGAAAUUUUGCACAAUGAUAUCAUCGAAAAAGCGCUAAACGAAACACUAGGUGAUUUACGGCAAGCCCCGAAAUUUAUGCUAUUGGUGAAGCAAAAAAAUGAGCACGAACCGGUGAAUUUGAACGACGUCGCUGAAAAUGCCGAAAAGGAAGGCUUCGACGUCGAAAAGUUUACCAACGAGGGUGAAACUCGCCUCGUCAAGCUACAUUUGAUCCCUUCCAAUUCUACGUUGGAAAUUAAGGAAAAUCCCAACCAAGAGCCCGUCGAAGCGUAUGCCGGAAAUCGGCUUUUGAAGACACGGCUUGAUUAUACCUUUAACGAAGGCUGUAAAGAUCUUUGUAAAAAUUCAAAAGUAAAACUUGGGCAUGUCAGAGCAACAGGAUCGAAUGACACAUUGCACUACAUCUGGGAUUUCACAAGAAAUCCAACUAUAUUUAUCGCUGUCACAUCGACAACUGCAAAAUUGGUUGUUGAUUGGAAUAAAUACGUAUCUAGAUUACCACACGCAGUGAAAUUUACUGAGAAGCCCAUGUACACAUUUGGGAUUGUCAUUGAAAGGUUACUCGAAUUUAACGAUAUUCAUGAUGAUGGCAGAAUGGACGAAAUACUCGAUUCAAAUGUAGUUGAAGUGAACUUCCAGAAUUUCCAAUGGCAUCACAAAAAUUUGACUCACCAUGACAGUUUUGUUGAGUUUUAUAUCCAAGCUAGUGAUUACAAAGAUCUAAAUACAAAUGAAACGAGAAAUGGAACUAUUGAAUUCUUGUUGCAAGGGUUCAGCACCUUAAAUCAUUCCUCCGUUACACCUAAAAUGUUGCAUUCUGAAAAUGCCACACAAAUGGAUGUAACCAUUGAUCAUUUGGAUACAAAAGCAAACUUUACUAGUAGUAGAUUUGCGUUUGAAUUAUUAUUCGUAAGUGAGAACGAUUUAAACUGCACGUUACUUGCCAAUGGAAAGUGGAAAUUAGAUGAUGAAUUCACACCCGGUAUAUUUGAGAUCGUUGAGUUGAUUACAUCAGGAGCUCACGACAAAUCCGGAUACUUGCAAUGGAGGCCAGUUUCCUACAAAAAUUCUAACCGGGAAACUGUCAAGUCAACCAGCACUGUCUCUUACCCUGUUAAAAAUGCUAGUGUUAAUGAGUUCUUUAAUCGUGACAAUUUCUUGUACUUAUACUAUGGAGAGGACAAAAUGUUGGAUAACCUUGUCCAAAGAGUAAAUAUUUCGAUCGGAGAAAAAGGAGAUGGCUUUUACAAGGCAUCUAAUUAUGCCACAAUGACUUUUGUUGCUGGAUAUGGAGCCCCACCAGAUGAAAGAUUCUCAUUUGUUGUGAUGCUCAUCAUUGCCAUUGGCAUUGGUAUACCUGUAUUGGUUUUUUUAACUACAGGAGUUUAUAAGAUUAUGCGCUCACGAAGACGACGUGAUAAUGAACUGAUCAUAGAAUAAAAAAAGGUCGAAAGUUGCCAUUUUAUUUCUGUUAAUUAACUUUAACUAUUAUCAUUGAAACGUUAGUUUGAUAAAAUAAACUGAUUGUUCUCUGUUGCAUCGAAAAUCUAAGAAAUUUAGUGUAUAAGAUUGAGUUAUUUUUAAAUUUUUACAUAACAAUUAUACUACAAAUGGUUAAUAUUUAUUUGAGAAAUUUCUGUGGAUAUGUUGUAUUGUUUUGAUUUUUGAUUGAUACGAUAGAAUAGUUUCAAAUAUUAUUUUGUAGGCUAUAACACUCAAGCAAUUACCGACAGUGUCCUUUGCUAUAAAUAUACUAGUAUGUUUUGAAAGUUGCAUGUUAAUCUAGUAUAAAACGAGUUAAAUUUUAUAUAUUUUUUUAAUAGCACACUGAAAAAUAUAAGCACUGCAUUUAUAGUUAAGCAAGUGCUUGUGUGGUGAUAAAUUUUUAUUGAAGAACUCGUUCCUAUGUGUAUAAAAUAAUGAUUGUUAUACAUUUUUUUACUAAAACAAAUUUGUGUGAAAUUGGAUUUCCACAAAUAUAUCUUGUACAAUUAAUCAAAUUUUAAUUUUUACGAGU